UAUCGCACAUAUGUUUGUAUGGUACAGAUUUACGGGAUCUCAUUGUCUGAUUUCCAGCACUAUCAAGUGUGCUAACAGUAUUAGCUGAUCACUGAAGUCCCAGAAGUGAAAGAGAAACUCUCUUUGUCAGUGCUGAUUCACCUUUCAGCCUUAUAGCCAAACGUUUGACUGUUGGAGAGGGAUCAAGCUGCCUAAAGACUGAAAUGGUGGACUCUCAGUAUUACCUCCCAAAUGACAUCGGGAUCUCUGCUCUGGACUGCCGGGAGGCUUUCAGGCUGCUGUCUCCCAAAGAGCAAAUGUAUGCACACUACCUCUCUCGGGCAUCCUGGUACGGUGGCCUGAUCGUGCUGAUUCAGACGUCUCCUGAGUCUGCCAACAUCUACGUACUGCUGCAAAAAAUGUUCCGCGCUCAGGCGCCACAGCAGCUGGAGACAGCAGCGACUGCAGCUGGACUGAGCGCAGAGGAGUAUCAGGCCUUCCUCGUAUAUGCUGCUGGGCUUUAUGCAAACAUGGGGAACUACAAGUCAUUUGGGGACACCAAAUUCAUCCCCAACCUACCAAAGGAGAAGUUCAAGGCUCUGGUGUGGGAGAGUCUGGCCUUUAAACAGAGCCCUGGUGACAUGGAGGCGCUGUGGGGCUGCUGCUGUGAGUCCCUCUACUCCCUGGAAGACAAGCUGAAACAGCUCGGUCUGGGUGAGAAGGGGAUCUCUGCGUACUUCUCAGGGAACUGCUGCUUAGAAGACGCAGAGUUUGCCCAGAAAUUUCUGGACUCCAAGAACCUGAGUGCCUACAACACCCGUCUGUUCAAGACUGAAAUAGAUGGGAAACAGUGCUAUGAAGUGCGUUUGGCAUCUGCCGAGAAGGACAACUGUGCUGUUGAGGGAAAGAAUGAAGUUUGUUGUGGCAAACAUGAAUUUGAGGAUGCUGUGUUCUCUGUUAAGAGGGGCGAUUAUGCCUUUCUUAUGGAAAAAGUGUGUCAGAACUUGGAAAAAGCCAAGGAUUGUGCAGCCAAUGACAACCAGAAGAGGAUGCUGGAGGAGUACAUCCGCAGUUUCACCUGUGGCUCAGUGGAAGCCCAUAAAGAAGGGUCCCGUUAUUGGAUCAAAGACAAAGGACCUAUUGUGGAGAGUUACAUUGGUUUUAUUGAGAGCUACAGAGAUCCCUUUGGCUCAAGGGGUGAAUUUGAAGGUUUUGUUGCUGUGGUGAACAAGGCCAUGAGCGCUCGCUUUGCUCAGUUGGUGAGCUCGGCUGAAGACUUACUACCAGAGCUGCCUUGGCCUCCAGCCUUUGAGAAGGACCGCUUCCUCAAGCCAGACUUCACCUCUCUGGAUGUACUCACCUUUGCUGGCAGCGGCAUCCCUGCAGGAAUCAACAUUCCAAACUAUGACGACAUCAGACAGACAGAAGGUUUCAAGAACGUGUCCCUUGGGAAUGUGCUGGCAGUUGCUUAUGCCACACAGAAAGACAAGCUCACUUUCCUUGAGGAGAAUGACAAAGACCUGUACAUCAAAUGGAAGGGUCCUUCGUUUGAGGUGCAGGUGGGGCUCCAUGAGCUGCUGGGUCACGGCAGCGGGAAGCUCUUUGUUCAGGAUGAUAAGGGAAAAUUCAACUUCGAUCAAACUGCUGUUCGUAAUCCAGAAACAGGAGAACUGAUCUCAAGCUGGUACAAGGGUAGCGAGACAUGGGACAGCAAGUUCUCCACCAUUGCCUCGUCCUAUGAGGAGUGUCGAGCCGAGUGUGUGGGUCUCUACCUGUGUCUCAACAAGGAGGUGCUCAGUAUUUUCGGGAAUGAAGGGGAGGAUGCAGAGGAGGUUGUGUAUGUGAACUGGCUGAACAUGGUGCGUGCCGGCCUGCUGGGGCUGGAAUUCUACACGCCAGAGAGCAAGAGCUGGAGACAGGCACACAUGCAGGCCCGGUUUGUGAUUUUGCGGGUUCUGCUGGAGGCUGGAGAGGGGCUGGUUGGUCUGAAGGAGUGUACGGGGGCAGAUGGACGGCCAGACGCUGUCAUAACACUCGACCGCAGCAAGACAUACACAGUGGGAAAGAGCGCUAUCCAGAGCUUCCUCUGUAAACUGCAGGUGCACAAGUCCACAGCUGAUGUGGAGGGAGGAAGGGCUUUGUAUGAAGGCUACUCUGCUGUGACCGCUGACGGCACCCACAAUUUCCUGCGCCUCAGAGAGACGGUUCUGCUCCGUAAGGAAGCUCGCAAGAUGUUUGUCCAAGCUAACACCAAAAUCAAAGAUGACGCUGUGGAGCUGGUUGAGUAUGAAGGCAGCGCUGCAGGACUCAUCCAAUCCUUCGUCGAACGCUUCCCAGACGAUGCCGAGAAGGUAGAGGCCCAGCUGCUGGAAAUGACCUGCAUGGACUCGUCCUGCUGGUGCUGAGACGGCACAGUGCUGUGGGAAACAUCCUCUCAGACAAGUGUUAGUCCACACUGAGCCACAGCAACUUUCAGAAAUGAACAAAAGGCUGCAGAGUGCACAAGGAAGGGACUGGUAAUGAUUAUAAAACCUUUCACACGUACGAGGAAGGAAGAACCACACACACACACACACAAGUAAUACCUAGAAUUUUACCUUUCCCACUGAUCUUCUUUCUAUUUUAUCUAUUCACUUCUAAACAAAGGCAACUCUGAUUAGUUUUAAUUAGAAAUUUCUAUUCCCUACUCUGAAUCAGACCGCAGCCCACACUUCCCACACAGGCAUGUGGAAGUGCUGACAAGAGUGAACUUGCUGUGUGAGGGUGGGACUUAUGUAAUCGCAACACAUAACACACUUUCUCAAAUUACUUUCAAAUGGAAACACACUCUGUGCCACUUUUGGAUCAUAUCUAGUCUAGAGUUCAUCUGCUGUUUCAGUGUUAUAUAGAAGAAAUCUUAGCAUUCGUUCUCGAGAAUAUAAAUUCUUCACUGGUUUAAAGGAAUUUUGGUUUCUCAAAAUAUGUUGUCAGUGUUCAGUCUGGAUGGCGAAAACCAACAGCCC